GGACGAUCUCCGUCUAUUCUCGUAAAGCCGAGGUAGACGCGAUAAGCUUGCGACAACGAGAGUUAAUAAAAAUUCUUACACCUAUGAGUUAUUAGACUUGUUUAAAGUAAACCUUAUGUGGAUUGUUAGAAAGAGCUGGCUGGAGCAUUUGAACAGUAUCUAGUAUAACGUACAGCCAGGCGUACGAGGAAUAAAGAUAACGUCAGGUAUUAUCAAAAGUUUCAGAAUUCGUUCAAUUUGUCAAUUCAAAGUUAGGAAAGUGAAUUUAGUGAUUUGACGUGGAGAAAAAAAAUUUACAUAAAUUGUAUGUCACAAAUUGAAAAAAAAUUUCGUGAAACUCUUGACAAGAGGUGCUCGUUUUAUAGUAGUUCGUGAGUUUUAAUAAAUGACGUCUGAGUCAAACGAAAUGGCAGGUGAAUUCGUGAAAGUGAAAAGUGAAAGGACGAGUUUUCAACCCACGGAACGAUGGAGGAUAAUGAAAAACAUCCUGAUAAUAGGGUUCGCGUUUAUGAUACAUUUUACUGCUUUCUUCGGGGCGAGCAAUCUUCAAAGUUCAAUCAAUGCCGACAAUUCCCUUGGAACUUUCACCCUUGCGUCGAUAUAUAGCAGUCUGAUUUUCAGUAACAUUUUUCUCCCUGCUCUCGUGAUAAGUUGGUUAGGAUGCAAAUGGACCAUAUCUCUCACCUUUAUCGCCUAUAUGCCCUUCAUCGCGGCCCAAUUCUAUCCAAAAUUCUAUACCCUCAUACCAGCUGGUUUGGCUGUUGGACUAGGCGGUGGUCCUUUGUGGUGUGCUAAAUGUACCUACCUGACUGUGGUGGCCGAAGCCUACGCGACAAUUUCCGAUAUGAACGUCGAUGUCCUGGUCACCAGGUUCCUUGGCUUGUUCUACAUGUUCUUCCAAAUGUCACAAGUCUGGGGCAACUUGAUCUCCUCUGCAGUUUUGUCGUAUGGCAUCGAAGCGCAGGCUACUAACGUCACUUUAAAUAGUUCCGUAGUGGCGGAAGUUUGCGGCGCAAAUUUUUGUGGUGCAAUCGCUGAUACCAGUGAAAAUCCAAAUUUGGCACAACCACCUCAAGAAAGGAUUUAUUUAAUAUCCGCAAUUUAUUUAGCCUGUAUGAUCUUGGCUUGUCUCACCGUUACUUUUGGAGUUGACUCUCUGUCGAGGUACGACAGAGGCAGAAAGGGGUCAGCCGCUGGACUUUCAGGCUUGAAACUUUUAUCGGUCACACUGAAGCUUCUUAAGGAGAAAAGCCAAUUGAUGAUCUUACCGAUAACUUUAUUUAUUGGUGCCGAACAGGCUUUUCUCAUUGCCGAUUACACCGCCUCGUACGUCUCGUGUGCAUGGGGUAUCAGCAACAUCGGAUACGCUUUGAUCUGUUAUGGCGUCACUAACGCUAUUGCUGCCAUUGCUACUGGUGCCGUUGUUAAACAUACCGGAAGAAUUCCCUUGAUGAUAUUUGCAUUCGUUCUUCAUAUGGGACUGUUGGUUGCUCUUUUAUAUUGGCGACCGACACCCGAGCAGGCUGUCAUUUAUUUUCUGGUGUCUGGUCUGUGGGGAGUUUGCGAUGCUAUUUGGCUGGUUCAGGUUAACGCUUUAAAUGGAAUUCUCUUUCCAAACAAAGAAGAAGCAGCCUAUUCGAAUUUUCGACUGUGGGAGGCAACGGGCUCUGUUUUAAGUUACGCAUACAGUCCGUAUCUUUGUACCUUUAACAAAUUAUAUACUCUCAUGGGUAUACUCUGUGUCGGAAUGAUCGGAUAUGGUAUUAUCGAAGGAACCGGAAAAGUCAGCAAAGCAAUUUCUGGUAAUAAAACAGACUUUGAGCUAGUGGCGACAGGUGAAGUGACAAGGUAUUAAUAUUAUACAACAAAAGCUCAAUAUUACCGUAACGUGGUAUCCCGGUUUUACGAAUUAUAUUUUUUUAAAUCUAAACAAAAAUUUGAUAGCGAUUAUAAUUUGUAUCUCGUAAUAAUACUUACCGCUUAAGGGGAUUCGAGAUGUGAUAUUGUAAGAAUUAUUUAUUCGUAGACAGUACUAUGAUAAAAUAGACAACUGGAGCGAUUCUUCUUUCCAAGGGGCAAUAAUAAAAUCUUUUAUAUAAUAACGCGCAUGAA